AAUUCCGACAUUUUCUCGCGGUUUUCGGCUUUAAGCGGCACCUUGAAUUGGAAGAAUUUUUUUUUAUACAAUGUAUAUUGUUUUGUUGAAGUAAAGUUCGGUGCUCAGUACAAGGUUCCGAUUACAGUGGAUGUCUCUCCAAAAGUGCAGGCACAAAUCCAAAUUUGCCUUGGCACACUGGAUUCAUUUGAUCAUCUCAAGGGCAGCAAUGCCCUUGAUCAUUCUAAUGAGGAAAAGAAGGCUUCUAGAUUAAGUGUUCAAUGGAUGUCUACAAGUUGUGAAGAAAAGAAGGCAGUGGUACAUGCAGAAAUGGAGAGAGUCAAUAAGCUUCCUGCGAACAGCAGCUAUGCAAAUCAUAGGAUGCGGGUGUUGCACAAAGUUCUGCAACUCAUGUCCCUUAAGAGGACCACCUCACAAGAUGAAGAGCUGGAGUUGCUUUUUGCUGGGCUUUCUCUGUGAUGGAGAGGUCUGGGAUGGCGUUCUGUAAAGAAUCCAGCUCCCUCCCUAUGUUAAUCGAUUGUAGCGUGGCGAGGUUUCUUUGAACCCAUGCUUCCCUCCUGGAAUCCCGUUUUAUGAUUUUGCUUUUAGGUCCCUUUUGAGCUUGUGUUUCUUCCCUGAAUUUCAUUAACAAGUGCAAAUUUGUGUAAAAGAAACAGUAAAUGGUAUGGUCCCCUCCACACUAAAAUACUGUGAAAGUCCACUUUUCCUAUGAAUUAAGAUGAAACCCUCACAGUUUCCAAUGUAAAGACUGGAUUUUAGGAGCUCCUAAUAUGGUUUGGACAUGAUUGAUUCAGGCUUGAACAUCCUAAAGAAGAUAUUGAGAUAGCAUUCAAGAUGGAGUAUUUUUAGGUUU